UUCGAACUGAACAUGUUCGCUCCCUUCGGAAUGGAAUCUCAGUUAAGAUGGCGAAAUACCGUGUGAAGUCCACUUCGCAGUCCACUUACGGUCGAAUGGAACGCACCUGAGUCUCGCCUCUUGUGUUCUAUACUCCUUGGUGUGGGUUUAGUGUGCAUUAAGGGCACUGCACUUGGGCAUUUUUAAGACAUGGACAGUCUUGCGCACUUACUUCCUGUCGCGUGCACGCGCUUUCAAGUGGCCAAGACCACAAGUGUGGGUAUUUGGACAGGGCAAACUGUCCGUCUUGCCUGCACUUUUUUCACUCCCUUCACUGUAGCCACAAACUCUCGCCUAUAUUCCAGGCGAGGCGCGGCGCAUCUCAAACGAGCCUAUUCUGCACAGGCUAACCCUGGAACAUUACAUAUUUCGAACGAGAACAUUGUUUCUCUUUGAAAAUGCUUGGCCUUUUAACCAAAGUUUAGGUUUACUGUGGGACACUUAGAAAUUGAAUGACGUAACAACCGCUUUCCCAGAAGUCACGUGACUUGGUGGGUUUGCUACGAGCCCUGAGUCAGGACCAGUACCACUGAUCACUGCUGUCAUUCAGUUCAGAUUCAGUCAGAAGCGAUAUCAGUAUGAGAAACCAUUCUUUCCUCGUGUUGGUUUUACUACUCGUGGUCGGUGUGUUUGGUGUUGAUACAGAUGGAGUAAAGUCAGUGUCAGUGAUGGAGGGAGAUUCUGUCACUCUACUCACUGGUCUUACUGAAAUACAGACAGACGAGGUGCUGCGGUGGACGAUUCAAGAUGACACUAUCAUAGCAGAGACUGAUGGAGAAGACAAAGCAAUUUCAGUACCUGGGAAUGAAGAAAGUUUCCAAGGCAGAUUGAAGUUGGAUCCGAAGACUGGAUCUCUGACCAUCACAAACAUCAAAACCAGAGAUUCUGGAGUUUAUAAACUAAAGAUCAGUGGCAAAAAAUUGGCUGAAAGUGAAUUCAGUGUUACUGUACGUGGUGUGUUUGGUGUUACAGAUGGAGUAAAAUCAGUGUCAGUGAUGCUGGGAGAUUCUGUCACUCUACACACUGAUCUUACUGAAAUACAGACAAAUUAUCAGAUACUGUGGAGGUUUGGAGGCGACAUCAUUCCUCGAUUAAACAGCGCUGAUUACAAAUGGAGUAACAUCGAUCUGAACAGCAAAAAUGGAGACCUCAACAUCAGAAACAUCCAGAAUGAUCAGGCUGGAGUUUAUGAAUUGGAGAUCAAUAAUGGCAGUGUGAUCUUACACAGAAAAUUACGUAUUACUUUUAGCGGUGUGUUUAGUGAUGAUGGAGUGAAGAAAAUGUCAGCGAGUAAGGAUGAAUCUGUUACUCUACAGACUAGAAUUAUUUAUAAACCAGAAGACGAUGUGAUCGAGUGGACAUUUGGAUCUCAAGACACUGCUUUAGCAAAAACUGACAGACAGAAUGAUAAAAUAAUAAUAAUUUAUAAUGAAGAUGAUGUGAGAUUUAAAGACAGACUGGAACUGAAAACCCAAUCUGGAGAUCUCACAGUCAAUUACUUCAACACUGAAGUCUCAGGACUUUAUAAAGUGAAGAUCAUCAAGAAAACAUAUACAUUACAGAAGACGUUCGAUGUUGGUCUCAAAGAUUCACAGGAGCGUUCAGGUUCUACAGGUACAGGUGUGUCAGUGAAAUGUGGAGCCAGUGUUGUUCUGGCCUGUGCUGCAGCUGUUCUUUUGCUGCAAGGAGUAUAGACAAUCAAGACAAAUGUAUGCUAAUUCUGGUCAAGAAACUGUCAGCAUGCUUUGAAAACUCCCAACAGCAGUAUCUUGUUGUCACAACAACUCAAUACAUACUAACAGUGUUUGAAGUUAACCCAUGUGUGCUUUUGACAUGUGAAAGUGAUAAGUGAGAAUAUCAUUUGAUUUGGCAUAAUUAGAAAAAUGUGCUUUCAUUUAUUAUGAAGUUGUUGUAACACUUAAAACACGUAAAACAGUACGUGAAAAGAGUAUUAUGUCUGAAAUUUCAGUAUUCAAAAAGAAACACCCAAAUAAUACAGUAUAAAUGCGGCCAUAAGUGCUUCUCUGCUGCCAUCUAGUGGUAAUCUCAUGUCUUUUUUUUCCCCUAGAAGUGUUAUUUUUCCUUAAUCUUUAAAGGUUCCCUAGAACAUGUUUUUACAAGAUGUAAUAUAAGUCUAAGGUGUCCCCUGAAUGUGUCUGUGAAGUUUCAGCUCAAAAUACCCCAUAGAUUUUUUUUAAUAAAUUUUUUUAACUGCCUAUUUUGGGG